GGGGCUCAAGUUCAGGCUUCAAAGUACUUAGCGACAAACAAUCGAGGCUGGAGUCUGAGACUCAGGCUGCGGCUGCGGCUGUGGCUAUGGCUGCCCAACUAUAAAAGCCAGCACUUUGGCCCGUCAUCAUCAACAGUUGCAGUCGAUUCACCCAUCCAAGCACAAACAUCUCCAAACAUGUUCAAAUACGUUGCCUUCUUUGCUCUGCUGGCAGUGGCUGCCGCUGCUCCUGGCCUCAUCGCCGAGACGCACUCGUUCGUCCAGCCCGCGUUGCUGACCAAGACCGCCUAUGUGGAUCACAGCGCCUCCUCGGCCAUCACCCAUCAGAGCAACGUGAAUCUGGUGCGCAAGGUGCCAGUGGCCCCAGUCGUCACCUACGCCGCCGCUCCCGUGGUCCACCAGACCGUCGUGCCGGCUGCUCCUCUGGUCAAGACCAUCGUCCAGGCCCCACAGGUCCACACGGUGCAUGCUGCUCCUCUGAUCAAGACCGUCGUGCCAGCUGCCCCUCUGGUCCACACUGUCCACUCUGCUCCCCUGGUCCACACAGUGCAUGCUGCUCCCCUGGUCAAGACCGUCGUGCCAGCAGCUCCCCUGCUCCACACUGUCGUGGCCGGCUCCCCCGUUGUCUACUCCGCCUACCACAAGUGAAUCGAUUGAAAGCGUGUUGAUAAAGGACUCUGUUACGUCCGCAGAGAACGUUGAGCAAAUCAAUUAAAACAAAAGUAUUACAAGAAACUAUUGUCCAAUA